AUGCCCGGUCCCACUCCCUGCCCGCCUUUCCCUCAGGACGUCCCUACCUGUCCUUUCUUGGUGAUCGACUAUAAACUUAUUAAAGCUGGAGACGCGGACGAGAUUGAGAGGCUCUGGAAGGCUGCGAUGGAAACGGGGGUUUGGUACCUCACGAACCACGGCGUAUAUGAGGGAGCAGAAGGGAUGUUUGGGAUGGGCGAGGAGACGAUCGCUUUUACCCUCGAGGAUAGGCUCCUCUUUGAGCAGGGAGGCCACGACAUUUUGUUCGGCUACAAGGCCGACAAAGGCACGCGCGACGUUCCUGAGUUUGUCAACAACUCCAAGGACGACGCGCUCGCCUGGCCAGCCGUUGCGCGCCGCACGUACUCCUCCGCCGUCAACGCGCCGAUGGAGUCCACCAUCGCGCCGUUCGUGAAGAAGUCUCUCGCGAUUAGCAACCACCUCAUCGGCGUCCUCAACGACAAGCUCGGGCUGCCUGCGGGCGCACUCGCGUCUCUCCACAAGGUCGAGGAGUUCGGCGGAUGCACGUCGCGGUUCAUCAGAGCGCCAUCGUAUCCUGGGCCGGAGGAGAUGACAUUCCUGACGGCGCACACGAACUUUGGGUCUUUGUCGUUCCUGCACAACCGCCUCGGUGGCCUGCAGGUGCUCCCGCCCGGGUCUGACCAGUGGUUCUACGUCAAGCCUCUGCCCGGACACGCGAUCUGCAACAUCGGCGACGCCCUCAAGAUCUUCUCUGGCGGCAUCCUGCGCUCCAAUAUCCACCACGUCGUGCCCAGUACGAACGCCACUCUGUCGUGUUCUUCACCCUCGAACGACAUCGUCGAGCUGCGCGCGCUGUCAGAGCAGAGCGAGUGCAUCGCUGCGGCGGUCACCAACGCGCCCCCGGGGAAGUACGCCCUCGGCGUGACGGCGGUGGAGCGGCUUGUGAAGAGGGUCAAGUCGCAGCGGGUGACGAACUGCAAGGGUGCGGAGAGCUGGAUGGAGAGGCGUGGUACCGAGGACACGGCAAUUCCGAACCAGGGGAAGAUCUGA